AUGGAUGCAUCUCACCAAACUCCAGUGCAGACAAUGCUAUGCACAGACGAGCAACUCGACUACCUAUUUCACCAUCUCAUCUUACCCGCCAAGGUACCAGGGCAUGAUGAUACCUCAGCAUUAAACGAGGAAUUCCUCAUCAACUUCGUCAUCCAAAUCCUAGCGCGUUUCGGGGAAUUAUCAGGCGAUGAUGAUGACCUUGUGGCAAAACACUGCAUCUCCAUGUUGAAGAACACACGGGAUGCUCGAGAUUCGAAUGGGUAUCUGGAUUCUAGAAGUGUGCAGAACUCCUUGAAGAGACUUUCAGAACAGGCGGACGCCGCCUCAAUGUAUCAUAUUACGGAACAGAAUGCAGGUUUGAUUAUUCGAAGAUUAGAGAGCUCAUAUUCUUUCCAGACCUUUGAGCUCUCUCCUACUAACAAAGCAGCUAUGACGACGAAAGGUCGUCUUAUUCGCGAGUUCCCCGCCACCGUGACAGAAGUCUCUGCCAAAGACUUCAACAAUUCCUCAUUUCAAGAGGUCUUGACCAAGACUCUUGUCAAGAUGAGUCAUCAGGCUGUUGCGGAAAUGCAGCCCAAGGUCAAGAAGGCUCAGCAGAUGCACAAUGAGGAGCGCGAUACAACAGAUCCUCGCAUCGUCACGGAGCUGUUAACAAGUUUUCUGCGAGGUGCUGGGACACCUGGUGAGAUCAAGGCGAUUCAGAAGAGGACGCGUGAAGAAGUUUCGUGGAAUAAUAGUAGAGAUCCUUGGACGAGAUCACCGCUAUGGCUUCUUCUUCGUGUUGGCCUUCAACUCACCAUGACGUGUCAUCCACAAGGAUCACUGGACCUUUACAAGCGCUUUAUGGUGUUCUUGAUAGCCCAAGCUCUUAAAAUUGCCUGUGAAAAGUCGUCAUCUAGUGAGAUGAUCCACUUGAUGAUUGCCAAGAUCUCGAGACGACUUUGCAAGCUUGGGGAUAUUGAGGAUGGAGCAUGGCUUCACACUAUCAGGGAUAUUGUCUCGUCGGCCUCUGGAAAGCUGAAGAAGAGAUGGAUCAACAUCCAGAGACGAAACGAACAGCCACUUGACCUCAAUGCGCUGGCCGAAUUCAACUACGAAGAACAUACCGCCUUUUCGUUGCCUGAACUUGACACCUUCCUGGCAACUAUCCCCCGGCGACAACAUCUACCAACAACAAAAGAAUUCAAAGCCAAGCCCAUCGCUUUGGCCCUUGAGCCUCUUACCCUUCCCACUAUCAAUGGUUCUGUCAAUAACGGCAGCAAAUCUUUCGAGCUCGCAGCCGUCGAGACCUGGGUACAGGGUAACCUCGACACAUGGCUUGAACAUCACUUAAGCAGCGAACAAUCAUGCCACGGUCUGAAGACACUGCUUGAGCAUUACCACAUGUCUGCGGAGAGAUGGUAUACAGGUCGUCCCGAGGGAAUGUCGAGAAUGUUUCUUACCCUUGGUGAGAUCUGGGUAGCAAUCGAUAAGAUGGCCAUCCACCACAACCCUUUGAUGUUGAAGUAUCGACAUGAGAUUCCUCGAGAGGUCUUCAGCGAUCUCUUACUUCAUUCAAAGAGUGACAUGGAGCGUUUAAACCGGUUAGAGGAAUACCUCGAAGAUCCAUCCAGGAAACUAAAGCUAUCGGCACUCUUAUCCUACGGCCAACGACUAUCCUUCGCCGUUGAGUACUUUCGACAAUCACCCAAGCUCCAAGCGAAGAAAGAGCAGAUCGAGCGCAAUGCACAACAAGAUCGCGAUAAGAAACUAAAGCAGUUUCGGGAACUCAAAGCAAAGUACGACGCUAUUAUGAAGAAAUACGACGACAUGCAAUGCGAGCAGGUCCUCCAAGUUCAACACGACGUGGAGUAUUACGUCCAUCCCAAGAAUAAAUGCAGACGCUGUGCUCUCCCCGCCAAAGCAAAGAAGCUCAAAAUCGCGCCUCAUGAGUGGCCUCUUCCUGCAGAUGAGCUUGAGGCCCAAACUUCUGUUUUCGAGAUGGACGUCCCCGUCACUUUUGCGGUAUGGCGAGAUGCUACAGUUUACUUCCUGGAUAACAUCUUGAGAUUUGAAUCGUCUAGCGCUGGAGACUAUCCCCGUGCAUCCUUCCCUUUGACGACAUAUAAACCACUGAGUCCCUGGUUUGAAUCACAACGGCAUAGAGUACAACUCCUCUCUGAGAUUAAACCGCACUCUCAGACACAUCGCAACCAGAAAUCUAUUGAAACAUGUACUGAGGCUGAUGUCUGUCUUAACAACGGUCUUCGCUUUCAGUAUCAUGACAGCUCUAGAAAUACCUUUCUGUUCAUCUUCAAACCAACGACAGAUAUUUCAAAGCGCUGCACCAUCAAGCUUCCAAGCAGAGCCUAUGCUCUGCAGAGAUUCAUGGCUCGGACAUGGCGCUGUGAAAACGGCGAAACACCCAACCAGGCUAUCGCGAGUCAGUCGGAGUGUCCAGAGUAUAUGUCCCUUGGAGAGUUUAAGGCUUUAGCUCUUUUGCCGUAUGGAUAUCGACUUCAGUGGAUGAACAUCCUUACGCAGCUUGCUAUGCCGACGGUUGACUUCAAUAAGCCUGAGACUGCGUUAUUCCUACUUCAGAUGAUGCUACAAGCUGGCCCGUUUCACAAAGACGAGACGACAAGACAAGCGCAUACUCGACCGACAGAAGUGAAAUUCGGUUCGCAGUUGCUGAAGUACUUGAAUGAAAGCGUGUCAAGAGUUCAGGAGAAUUGGGAGUCGUACACAUCACUUUGCUCUUUCACCUGUUUGACUACUCGGCUUCUUGCCAUCGCAGACAAGUCUCUGUCAACGCAAAUUCUGGAACUCAUCACAAGAUGCCGAAAGAUCUCAUACAAAUUGGUGAUGCAUCUUUUGACAAAGGUCCAAGAUAUUGAGCAUCGCACGCAACGGAAGGAAUUUAUCGAGGCGGCAAUACACAUUGCCCUUGUUUACAUCGAGACGUUCAAUUUAGAGGGUGAACACUUUGAACAGGUGUUGGCCGAUGAACAGCAAGCGUCUAUACUAUUGGAAACCUCGAUCAUCAUCCAUAACUAUGCCGACCUUCAACAUCUGCAGGGGGAUGCACUGUAUGGCAUUAUGCUCGACCGAUACGAAAUGACAAUGCAUAGAGCCCUACCUAUUCUGGCGAACGAGAUAGUCUCCAAGGGAAGUUUAAGUCUCGAUUUAGCCAUUAAGCGACGAUGGCCUGAUUUUGUACGAACCGGUGAAUGGUCCUCAAUCUCGGAUCACUGGGUCACGACAGCUACUGGAAAGCUCCAAGUUCAUAUUAGCCUUCUCACAGGACAAUUAUUGGUCAAUGGAUCGCCCGUAUCACGACUCCCUCGGCAGUAUGAGACUCAUCGAGAGUAUCAGAAGCUAUUCGGGUCUGCGACUAUGGAAGUCGUGCCGAGCAACCUGCCGGGUAUGAGCUUCUGUGCGACGAAAAUGUUUCACGGGUAUACAGUUCAUCUUGGUAUACAGACAAAGAAGCGCGUUGAUGACCUUCUUGUACGUCUUUCCAAGAAGGGCUCGACGUUGGACUUGAUACCAUUGAGGACCCUCCAAGAUCUUCUCCCCGACAUCUUCGCUGAUAAUCACGUUCAUUGGCUUGAGGAAGCGUCUGGAGAUGUUGAGUUCUGCCACGUCACUGACCCUUGGCCAAGCAAGAAUAUGGAGAGUUGGCACUUAAGAAAGUCCACUGACACAUGGAAGCUAUCACUUGGUAAGGAGAGCGUGCUCGUUUCUCCAUGGAGUGAGCUUGGACAGCAUAUUUCGAAUAUCUUCUCACGUCUUCAGCCUGCUUCGGACCUUCACCUGGUUCUCCACCAAGAAAGCAAGGAACUUGAAAUAAAGCUGCCAAAAAUUCAUCUUGAGUUCACAAUCAGGUCAGGGACAUCAAACAUCAAGUCUCGACAAUUCCGCGAUAUGGAGGUUGAUCACGAUCAGGCCAUUGGAACUCUCAUCGGACUUGAGAACAAACUCGUCCUACGACAUUCCCAUGACUCUCAAGUCAGAUCAGCCAUCAUACCCGAAGGAAACGUGAGCUGUCGAAUGUCCACUGGGCACGGUGUCGAGAAUCACGCCGAGGUUUCUCUUGACCGUGAAACGGCAAGUCGAGUUCAAACUUACAGACUAGAUCCCCUUCUUCGCAGAAUCAUACCCAACGACAAGGUAGAAAGCAAAGUGUAUCUUGCAUACCUCCACGCUUUAACAUCAUAUUGCCUCCAGGAUCCCUUCAUCCAGCGCACAGGAACUGAAGAGGCUCUCACUAUUCUUGGUUCUGCCUCAAUCAGAGCACCUACGUCCUUCUCCCAAGUGGCGUAUACCAUGCUGUCAAAUAUCGCCCAGUUAUCGCCGAAGAGGUCAUACUAUCCCGCCGAUCAACGGGAGAUGCAGAACAUCCGGUGGCGGAAUGACUUGAGCUACAUAUUCCAAGAUGACAGAUUUGGGAAGGAAGUUCGAAACAUUUUUGACAAAUAUCGCGAAGUCCAGUUCCUGUUUCCCAAGAACCCUCUCUCAUGCUUAGAACAACACCGUUCGGUAGAUGCGUUGGUGGAUCGCGCCAUUCUUCGAACAUCUGGAAAUCGAGUCUCUGGCUUUGGCGCUGAAGACUUCACGACUAAACAUGAUGUCAAUUACGCAUCAAGGGAGAAGAGUAAAUCAUCAGAAAGGUCUACGCGUACCGUAGAGAUGGCGUACCGAGUCUACAACAGGUCUGGCACCCUUUCGAGACCGGUAUCUGGCAGGCUUGGCCACCGUCUCUUCAGUCUCAUGACGGGCGACGAACGCGUCCACACCAGGGAGAUCUUGCCGAAAAGCAGAAUCGACUACGACUCCUCUUGGCUCCAAGGCCCCGCAUCAUACCUAUCGUCUGUAUGGUUUCAGCUUCACAAUUCAUUCAAGAAGUCAGUCACCUGGUUCGACAAGUUCGAGCUGAUGAUGUGGAUGGCCACAAUGUCGUAUUCCCCAGAGUACGAUGCACAAGUCGGCCAGGCGCUGCUGUUGCUCACCCAGUUCCGAUCCUUAGCUGACUGCAGACCACCCGCUGCAUCAUCAUACAACCUAUCAGCCGGAUGUCACAUCCGGGACGAGGACCUGCGUGCCGCGGUAACACCGUAUGUAGUCAGUUUCACAAGCAGCCCUGACGCUAUAUCUGCUCGUCGUUUCGACGAGAAGGGCAGCGAGGUUGGGCAAAGAAGAAGAGAAGACUACAGAAAGAAGCGCUUCAAAGCUGUUGAUAGUUUUAUAAAGCACCUGAAACGACAAUGGCCUACAGAUGAUCCAGAAGAGCCGGAAGAUCCGAACAUGGAGUUGGCGACGUAUAUCAAGAUGGGACCUGCCGUGGAAAGUGCCUUUGGAAAGUGGAACCAGUGGCUGAAGAAUCUUCGCUUGAAGCAGCAUCUGGAAAUGGUCGCUUCUUACAUGAGAGACGCACCGUCGGGUGAGUUCAUACAAGUACCACCAUCACUAACAAGGACGUUAAUUCCCACGAAGAGAUCGGUCUCGAGAUUCGUGGCUACUUCAGACCUGUUCUCGUCAUCAGGCGUGUUGCACCACAAGACUCCUCCAGCAUUAGCUCGACUGCUCAUGAACUCAGAGAGGGACAGACAUAGCAGCAAGCUCAGUGGUAUCAUUGACAACCUUGAUUCCAAAGCCCAGCUUGACUAUGAGCACAGGUAUCUGAGAGAGCUGAAGGAUAGUCUUUCAAGCUUAGACGGCCAUGUUGAAUACGAGCUGAAGAUGGACCAGCUUCGAAAGCUCCCGGACCUACUCCUGCACCACUUGGAGAAAUGCGAAUCUCACCUAACAAGGCUUCACGAUUAUCUAAUCUCUUCCCUCUCGCCUUCAAGCACACUCCCGCACACAACGUCUGAUGUCCUUGAAGAAGCCGGAUUACUUCCUAGGAUGUCACCUACUCAGAUCCUGCAACAGUUGAGACCACCGCAAUGGAAGAGUCUUUCUGCGGGAUGGAAAGAAAGCUUAAUUCACUACGGAAUUGCCAUUACCGCAAUGCAACGAGCCAAACGCCUAAUUCGGUUCCAGUCCAGUCACGUCGAUCUCAUUCGUGAACUUGAAAACGGUGGCCAUCAAAGCUGGAGUCCCUAUGACCACCCAGAGUGGCUACUACUGGAAUGCGAGAGCGAAAUUAUGAUUCGCGAUGUUCAGCAGCAGAUCGCUGAACAGAUGAUCAAUCCUCCCGAGAACCAAAACUCAGUGAUGCAGCUCAACAUGGGCGAAGGAAAGUCAACAGUCAUCGUGCCCAUCGUCGCUACAGCUCUUGGAGAUGGAUCGAAGCUGGUUCGAGUCAUUGUCGCAAAGCCACAGGCGAAGCAGAUGCAUCAGAUGUUGAUCUCGAAGUUAUCAGGACUCCUUGAUCGACCAGUGUAUUUGCUCCCCUUCUCUCGAGACACCAAGAUGGAUCUCCGAACGGCAGAUGCUAUCCAGCGUCUGAUGAAACGAUGUAUGGAGGAAGGUGGUGUCUUGAUGGUUCAGCCCGAGCAUCUACUUUCGUUCCAACUAAUGGAGGUAGAAUCUCGAAUCAGGGGAAAUCUGGAAGUCGCGGAAGCAAUGUCGCAGACAAGGAAUCUUUUUGGUUGCUACUCUCGAGAUAUUGUUGACGAGAGUGAUGAGAAUUUCAGUGUCAAGUUCGAACUCAUCUACACUCUUGGAAAGCAACGGCCGAUUGAACAUAGCCCUGAUAGAUGGGUUGUCAUCCAAGAAGUCAUGGGCCUCGUUGCCAAAGCUGGAGCGGACGUCAAGUCCAAGUACCCACAUUCCAUCGAAUUCGACGCUCGGCAUGUUGGAAGAUAUCCCCGCUUACGAAUCUUACGCCCUGAUGCUGAAGCUGAAAUCUUCAAACGUGUCACCGAGGCAGUUUGUGAUACUGGCAUGGCUGGGUUCCCUAUUGCACGCCAGCCCAGACGCAUCCGAGAUGCAGUUCAACGGUACAUCUCCCAGCCUGAGCCAACAGCUGCCGACAUCGAAGCCGUAGAGACAAGCUCCCUCUGGAACGAAAUGACAAGCAGAAAUAUUCUUCUCCUCCGUGGACUCUUUGCAGGAGGAAUCCUUUCAUUUGCAUUGGGAAGUAAGCGGUGGAGAGUGAACUACGGUGUCGAUCACAACAGAGAGAAGAUGACCAAAUUGGUAGUUCCCUUCCGAGCAAAGGAUAACCCAACUCCGCGAUCUGAGUUCAGUCAGCCUGACGUGGUGAUUACACUCACUUGUCUGAGUUAUUACUACAGCGGUCUUGACGAUGAGGCCUUGUUCGCGGCGUUUGAGUUGCUUAGUCGAUCGGACAAUGCCACUCAGAAAUACCAAGAUUGGGUCAAGACUGCACCAUUACUACCGCAAGCCUUCAGGAACCUAGAAGGAGUCAACUUGAGGGAUCGGGUGCUGUGCACUACGGAGAUAUUUUCUCACGUACGAUAUUCUAAAGCGGCGGUUGAUUACUACCUGUGUCAUCUGGUAUUCGCGAAGGAGUCUAAGGAAUUCCCACACAAGCUUUCAGCUUCCGGCUGGGACCUUGGUAAGAAGAAGGAUAAUCCCACUACAGGAUUCAGUGGAACCAACGACUCGCGAUAUGUUCUGCCACUUGACGUCAAACAGCUCGACUUGCCGCAGCAGAAGCAUACAAACGCGCUUGUCCUAGAAUACCUACUCCAGCCAGAGAAUGGAAUCUCAUUGAUGCCCCAAGAAGCAAAGGGUACCAAUUUAGAUACCAGUCUCCUUCUGCAGAUAGUUUCCAAGAUGAGCCCUAAUACCCGAGUUAUUCUCGACGUUGGCGCCCAAAUCGUCGACCUUACUAAUCAGGAAUUUGCGAAACAAUGGCUAGCCUGCUACCAGGAUCAUAACUCUACACAAGCUGUGGUGUUCUUCAACGACAACGACGAAAUCGUUAUUAUUGACCGUUCCGGCAAGAUAGAAGACUUCCAGACAUCCCCGUUCUCCCAGCAGCUGGACAGGUGUCUUGUUUUCCUGGACGAGGCACAUACCCGCGGAACAGAUCUGAAGCUUCCUGCCAACUAUCGUGCUGUGGUCACUCUUGGUGCUGGUCUGACGAAGGAUAGGCUGGUUCAAGCUUGUAUGCGGAUGCGAAAGCUUGGGAAGGGACAGACAGUGGAGUUCUGCAUUCCUUGGGAGAUUGAGCAAAAGAUCGUUCAGCUCAAGGGUGAAGGUGCCUCUAGCAGGGAUGGAAUCUCUGUCUCUGAUGUCCUUUGCUGGGCUAUCACUGAGACAUGUCUUGACCUGAAGAGGGCUAUGCCCCUGUGGCUUACACAGGGUGUUAGGUUCUCCAAGCAAGAAACCCUCUGGUCCCGUCUCUCUGACAAUGAUACCAAGUCUGACGAGUUUCUCGAGGAGGAAGGGCAGAGCUUGACUGAGAGGUAUCGUCCCGAGAGAGGCCUCACAAACUGUUCUUCACUCACAGAAGAGCUGAACGACUCCGCCGCAAGAGUCUUCAAGUCCCGGUGUGAAGACUUUGGUCUGAAAAGACUUCACACUUGCUCUCUGCAUGAAGAGCAAGAACGAGAGCUCGCGCCAGAGACACAGCACGAGCGCCAAGUCGAAAAGGUCCCUGCCCUGAAGCCAGACACCCAUAGUGUCAAUAGGCUUCUGCAGGAGUGGAUAGCAGAUGGCUCGUUCCCAGAGUCAUCUACCGCCUUCCGAGCUGUCAUGAAACCCGCAUUUCACAGUCUGAAUAAGACGUCGGCAGCUGUCCACUUUGACGUCAAGGAGUUCCCGGAGACGGUAUGGGUGAGUAUGGACUUUGCCCAUACUGUUAAAGGUGUGUUUAGUGGUAAAAGCUACUCGGACUCUUAUCAACGCCCUGUACAGUGGGUAUUGACUGGUAAGAACGAGGAGGGUGCUUUUCGAAUGGUUGUUAUAAGUCCAUUCGAGGCCCAGCACUUUCUUCCUCUUAUCGAAGAGUCAGAGCACGUCUCUUUGCACCUUUACGCUCCGAGGGUCAACCUUGGUUUUCGACCGCUGGACGACCUUCAGCUGUAUUCUGUGGGGAAGAAGGUCGUGGAAGAGAUACCGAGAGACAUCAUUACGUUUCUCAAUCUCUUCGCUGGGCAACUUUACCUCUCGUCGUUUGAGGACUACAAGCUUAUCUGUGGCUUGCUGGGUUUGGCAUGGGAUGCUGCGGACGAUGGUGCGGCUGGUGGUAGUGGGAGCCAAUGUGGUUUCACGAAGAGCCCUGCGGCGUUCCUGAAGGAGCUUUUGGAAAAGGUUAGACAGGACUGUGGGACUAUUGACAAGACGGAUAUGGGAAGGGUUAUUGAAGAUGUGCGCUUGGUGGAGGGUGACUUUAAUAGUAGGCAUACUAUUUAG